GACCGCGUGAACUAUCUGAUUAGAUUACGAUAGGACAUUUUGAAUGGUAUAACGUUUAUCAGAUAGAGCCAUCACCUUCUGCUGCCCGACAUUGCGCUGGGUAUAUAACAUGGCUCCGAAGGGCUACUCCCUUCUGCGGCAAGACCCCCACGACGACUACUCCGAGAACGGUGGUCACGACGAACCUGCCCUCGACUUCCGCACCGCCGACGAAAUUCAGGCUGAGCAGGAUGCUCACCUUGGUGUCAAGACCGUCGAGGCCGCGACGAAGGUCUGGGGGAAAUACUCCAGAUGGGCUCUGUUCAUUAGUCUUGGUCUGGCAGCAUAUGUCUACUCGUUGGAUGGCUCAACGACCUACAUGUAUCUGAGCUUCGCCGCGUCGUCGUUUGGCGAACACAGUCUUAUUGCCUCUAUUCAAGUCGCUCAGUCCAUUAUCAUUGCGGUUGGCAAACCCGUCAUUGCUAAGGUCGCUGAUGUGACUUCUAGGGCAUCCGCUUACCUUGUUGUCUUGGUUCUCUAUGUGGUCGGUUACAUUGUUAUUGCUUCCGCCCGUAACAUCGGUUCUGUCGCCGGUGGUAUCAUUAUAUACGCUUGUGGAUAUACUGGUCUACAACUACUGACGCAAAUUAUCAUCGCCGACAUUACGACCCUCAAAUGGCGAGGUCUUGUCUCUGCGCUUAUGUCUGCACCCUUCAUUAUCAAUGCCUUUGUCGGUUCCAACAUCUCCGCUUCAGUACUCGAGCACGCAGGCUGGCGAUGGGGAUACGGCAUGUUCGCUAUCCUCGUUCCCGCAUCCCUUGCCCCGCUUAUCGUCACCCUCUACUGGGGCGAACGUAAAGCUAGGAAACUUGGUCUCGUUGAGGAAGCUGUUCGUCGCUCUGCGCCUGGCUACAUCGAGCCCGCCAAAAUUACAGUAACCCCAGUCCAGAGAAUCCGAAGAGCUGCCGAUCAACUCGAUCUUGUCGGUCUCAUUUUAUUGGGUGCCGCUGUUGCUCUCAUCUUGCUGCCUCUCACAUUGAGUCAAACGGCAAACAGCGGAUGGAAGAACGCUUCUAUCAUUGCAAUGUUGGUGGUUGGUGUAGUGCUGCUUGGGGUAUUCGCCAUCUGGGAUUUCAGAUUCGCAAAGAAGCCGGUUAUUGCGGCGCGGUUCAUCAAGAACAGGAGCGUGCUUGCUGCUGCUUGGAUUGGAUUCUUUGAUUUCGUGUCGUUCUACCUCACGUACACUUACCUCCUUUCUUACGUCUUCGUCGUGAAGUCAUGGACACUCGUCAACGUGAACUACUUCUCCUCAACCCAGACAGUCGCCUUGACCGUCUUUGGUAUCACUGCUGGUGUCCUUAUGCGAUACCUCCACCGCUACAAAUACCUCCUCAUUAUUGGUCUUUGCAUUCGUCUACUUGGUGUUGGUCUCAUGAUCCAUUCUCGUGGCGCCAACGCCUCCGAUGCCGAGAUUGUCUGGACUCAAAUCCUUCAAGGUUUGGGGGGUGGUUUCGCUUCCGUUGCUACUCAAGUUGGUGCCCAGGCCUCCGUUCCUCACGCUGAUGUCGCCAUUAUCACUGCUGUCGUUUUGCUGUGGACGGAGAUCGGUGGUGGUGUUGGUGGUGCCCUUGCUGGUGCUAUCUGGACGAACACCAUGCCUAAAAAGCUUGACAAGUAUCUCUCGUUCCUCCCUGAAGACCAACGGGCGCAGCUUUUUGGCAGUAUCACCGACGUCGCCGUCUACCCACGUGGUGACCCCAUUCGUGAGGGUGUUAUUAACGCCUACGACGAGACUAUGAAGGUCAUGAUCAUCGCUGCCACAGCCCUCAGUGUUGUUCCCAUCCUUUUCGCCCUCAUCAUGCCUAACUGGUACCUCGGCGACAAGCAGAACGCUGUCGAUAACGCUGACCUCACGGGUGAGCCUAUUGAUGAGCCCGCUAGCGACGCCCGACGGAAUGAUUGAGGAGGAGGGCUUGCUCUGUUACGAAUACUUAUUUUGCUUGAUAUAUGCACGACUGGAUCUUAUUGUUGUAAUGUUGCUUCGCUCUGUGUUAUCUGCGCCUAUAUUCCCCCCUGUGAGUACAACAUACCUCUUGUACUGGAUAGAUUGCAUCAUAACUCUAGAUGUAUAAUUGAGAGCGUUGGCGUUCUUACUAAGAGAAUGAUUUAGUCAAUUCUUACAAACCACUCCGAGUCGUGUCGAAUCUUCACCGAUGUCAUCAGUUAUCUGUUCAGCUAGUUGGUAAACGGACAUGUGUUGAGCCCAUGGCGCCUUUGUGGCAUACCAUGUCCCACCAUGUCCCACCCUUCAUUGUUCCCAAAUGAAAAUGGCAACGAAUAAAUUUGGAUCUAUCGA